GGGGGGGGGAGGGGCGGAGCCGCUGAGGUGGCGGCGGCGGCGGGAAGAUGGAGGCGGCGGCGCUGGGCGGGUCGGUGCUGCCGGGCGCCCUCGCCCUCCUCCUCGUCCUGCUGCUGGUGGCGGUCGCGCUGCGCCGCGCUGGCUCGCGGAGGCCGCCCGCCGCUCCGCCGGACGGCCCCGGGACCAACGGCCGCGCCGCCGCCAGACCCGAGGAGCCCAGGAAGGCGAAGCCGCCGGCGCGGGCCCGGAGGGACAAGCCGCGGCAGCACAGCUUCACCCACCGGCUGCUGGUCGCCGCCCUCAAGGGCCACAGCGGCUCCGUGUGCUGCCUGGACUUCAGCAGCAACGGCAAGUACCUGGCGUCGUGCGCCGAGGACCGCACGGUGCGGCUGUGGAGCACCCGGGAGCUGGCGGCGCGGGAGCACCGCUGCCUGCGGGCCAACGUGCGGCUGGACCACGCCGAGCGCGUCCGGCUCAGCCCCGACUCACGGGCUUUUAUUGUUUGGCUGGCAAAUGGCGAAACUAUUCGUGUCUAUAAAAUGACCAAGAAGGAUGAUGGCAGCUUCACCUUCACUGCAACUUCUGGGGACUUCCCAAAGAAGCACAAGGCUCCUGUUAUUAACAUAGGGAUUGCAGAGACAGGCAAGUUCAUCAUGACAGCUUCCAGUGACACAACCAUCCUGAUCUGGAGCCCGAAGGGUGACGUCCUGGCCAGCAUUAACACCAACCAGAUGAACAACGCCUACGCUGCGGUGUCACCUUGCGGGAGGUUUGUGGCAUCCUGUGGCUUCACCCCCGAUGUGAAGGUGUGGGAGGUGUGUUUUGCCAAGAAUGGGGAUUUCCGGGAGGUGACCAGGGCUUUUGAGUUGAAAGGCCACACUGCUGGCGUCCUUUCCUUCUCCUUCUCCAAUGACUCCAGGAGGAUGGCGACUGUUUCCAAAGACGGGACGUGGAAGUUCUGGGACACGGAUGUGGAAUACAAGAAGCAGCAGGAUCCCUACCUGCUUCUGACGGGGAAGUGCGAGGUGACGGAGCCUUGCCGCAUCGCCCUGUCCCCCGAUGCUCGCGUCGUCGCCGUCUCCAGCGGCACAGACAUUGUCGUGUACAACACGAGGAGGGGCGAGGAGGAGGAGCGCUUCCUCGCCGUGCACGGACAGCCCGUCGCUGACUUGGCUUUUGACACCACCAGCCGCUACCUGGUGUCGUGCGGGGACCGGGCGAUCUGCGUCUUCCACAACACGGCCGGUCACCGGGCGGUGGUGGAGGAGUUGGAGUCCAUGCUCAAGAAGACUGCCAGCAAAGCCACGUGCGAGAGGCUGGAGCAGCAGGUCGCCGCCGCCCGCAAAGCGCUGGCCGCCAUCUACGGCAAGAAGCACUAAAGCUCUGCCUGCAGCCGCACCCCCGGGCUCCCUGCGGGCGCGGGCGGCCGCCUGCUGCCAGGGGGGACUUGUUUUCAUAACACUGAAUAACUUGCAAUAAAAGAGUGUGGGAAGCGC